GCUCUUUUACUGACUUUCCCUUCUCCACGGUGAGUUACGAUCCAGCCAGGGGAAUGUGACGAGUGACUUGCCAAUUCCACUUAGAAUAAAGUCAGACUAAAACUGGAGGAGCCAUUAGGUGAAAGGCCUUACAAAGAAUAUCUAUUGAAUUGUCUAUCUCAACUAAUGCAAAGACAUCUUUUUGUGCCAUGAGGCUUUUACUUAAAUUCCCAAAUUUUAAGUUUGUUUGGAUGCCCAAGGCAUCCUGCAGACUCUUCAGCAAACACUAUAGAAGAUGUGCUCCUCUAAAUGUCUCAGAUCCUGAACUCCUCGAUGUCUACGAAGUGCCAGAGUACUUUAACUUUGCACAUGAUGUUCUAGACAAAUGGACCCAACUAGAAAAGGAUGGCAGAAGAUCUUCCUUCAACCCAGCCCUAUGGUGGGUAAGUGGGAAAGGAGAUGAGGUAAAAUGGAGCUUCGAGGAGCUGGGACUCCUGUCCAGGAAAACAGCCAAUGUACUCUCUGCUGCAUGUGGUCUGAAAAAGGGAGAUAGACUUAUAGUGAUUUUGCCCCGGAUACCGGAAUGGUGGUUGAUAACUGUGGGCUGUAUAAGAACCGGAAUUGUAUUUAUUCCAGCAACAAUCCAGCUAAGAGCUAAUGACAUCUUCUAUAGGCUUCAGUCUUCUGAGGCAAAAUGCAUCAUUACCAAUGAUAUGUUGGCACCUGCAGUGGACUCGGUUGUGUCCAAGUGCCAAUUUCUGAAAACCAAGGUAUUAGUCUCUGAAGGCAACAGCGAUGGGUGGCUGAACUUCAAUGACCUAUUCAGAGCUGCUCCUGAGGAUCAUGCCCCUGUUAAAACAAAGCAUCAUGAACCUAUGAUUAUCUACUUUACUAGUGGAACUACUGGCUACCCCAAAAUGGUAGAACAUUCCUACAGCAGUUUUGGUAUUGGACUGACAACAGUUGGAAGGCAUUGGCUGUGUGCAAGUCCCUCCAGUGUAAUAUGGGGUCUGUCUGAUACAGGUUGGGCAAAAUGUGCCUAUAGCGCUUUCUUUUCCCCAUGGAUUCAGGGAUCCUGUGUCUUUGCACAUGGCAUGCUGCAGUUUGAAGCAAAAAGUAUCUUGAACAGUCUUUCAAGAUUUCCUAUAACCACUUUGUGCGGCACACCAACUCUCUACCGCAUGCUGAUACAGCAUGAUUUGGCAAGCUACAAAUUCAUGAGCCUGGAGCACUGCGUGAGUGCAGGGGAGCCAAACAACCCUGAAGUGAUGGAGCAGUGGAAAAGCAAAACAGGACUGGACAUCUAUGAAGGAUAUGGCCAGACUGAAACAGUCCUGGUAUGUUGCAGUGGCAGAGGGGUGAAAAUUAAACCUGGCGCUAUAGGAAAGCCAGUUCCACCUUAUGAUGUUCAGAUAAUAGAUGAAAACUGCAACUCUCUACCGCCUGGGGAAGAAGGAGACAUUGCUCUCAGAAUCAAACCUACAAGGCCGUUUUGUCUUUUCUCUAGAUAUGUGGGUGAUCCAGAGAAAACUGCUGCCACAGAGCGUGGGGAUUUCUAUAUCACUGGGGACAGGGGCUUUAAGGAUGAAGAUGGCUACAUCUGGUUUGUUGGAAGAGCUGAUGAUAUCAUCCUGUCUUCUGGGUACCGUAUUGGACCAUUUGAAGUCGAACAUGCACUGAUGGAGCACCCAGCAGUGGCAGAAUCAGCUGUUGUCAGCAGCCCAGAUCCUAUCAGAGGAGAGGUGGUAAAAGCUUUUAUUGUUCUGUCUCCUAAUUAUACAUCCCAUGAUCCAGAAAAAUUAACUCUUGAGCUGCAAGAGCAUGUUAAAAAAGUUACUGCUCCCUACAAGUAUCCACGAAAGGUGGAAUUUGUUGAGCAUUUACCAAAGACAGUCUCUGGUAAAAUCCAAAGGAAGCAACUGAGAAAUAAAGAGUGGGGGAGAAUUUAACUUUGAGUGAAUCCAUGCAUCAUGUCUUUGGCCGGUGACCUGCUGGUGACACUGGAAGGAGCUGUAUGCUAUUUGUGAUAUACUGUAUAGGAGCGCUGUACUACUUGCCACCAUCAGUUACAUGCUUUGGUAAAUUAUGCUUUGUUGGCACUGUUAUAAAACAAAGUCAGUUUGUUUGGUCAUUUCAUUUUCAAUGGAGAAACUUCACUAAAGUCAAUGAUGUGUGAGAGAAGCAUUAGACCCAAGACCCUCCUUUGUCUUUCCUCUUUGUUGAUUUUCCAUCUGUGCAUUAUCCUUCAUGCCUGAAUGUUACACUGAGAAUUCACUCUCCCUGCAAAUAAAUAGUUUUGCAGA